UGCUCGCCAUCCUCCUUCGGCUCGGCUCUUCUCAUCAUCUCGUCUCAUCUCACAAUAGCAGCCAAAAUUUCGUUAUCUUCCCUUUCACCUCUUUUCAUCUCAUCUCAUUAAUGCACGCACAUGCUUUUCCAUUUUUGCUCCUUCGUCUGCUCUGGUUAUGAAUGGGUGGGCUGAGAAUCUUUCUUAAUUGGAAUAAGGCGUAUCACACAAUGGAUUUUAUCCUUUGGAUUUAUGGCCUCCAUCCUUUACCUGAGAUUUCUUCUCUUCUACCCAACAAUUGGAGGAUAGCCUUGUGCAUUUGUCUUCCAAAUCUGCGUGGAGAUCAUCAGAUGGCUUUGUCACUAGCUCUUAAGCGGCUGGUCUCAUCGAGCAGCCUUCUCAGCCGGUCUCUCAAUCCCCUCCUCCGUCCGGCUGCUUCCGCUGCGUCAUCAAGUGUUUUCGACGUCGUCGAUCGCCGCUCCGAUCGUCCUCUCGACCAUCGCCUCGAAUUAUCCUGUUUUCCAGCAUGCGCAGCGACGCAGGCCCCAAAGCAUCUAAUGGUAGCUGAGUUGACGAUCACUUUUAAAGCAACUGUAUUUGAUGACAGAACAAACAUAUCAAUUAUGAGAGCAUCCACAAUGGAUUACACUCCAUAA